GCAGUCCGCGUGUCGUGGAACUUCCUCACCCUCUUCGGUUUUUAGACGCUGUGCUCGGACCAGCUCGCAGGGGCGAACGUUGGCAUCGACAUUCUCAUGGUCAACACUGGAUUGGUCUCCUAACCGCUGCUUCAAGCUUUCCAUACCCAUGGCGCUAAGGAACUCAAGAGUUGGAAGCCCCCGAAUCGCAGUCAAUGGGUGAUGACCAAUCGCGAAAAGAGCAGCGAUACCUCGCAAAUCUCGUGCGACGAUGUGGCAAUCACAGGGAAGCGCGGGGGAUCCACGAUCUCAUCCUGGCGAGCAAGCACCGGCAAUGCACAUUCUUGUGCAAUCUCUUGCUAUCACUGUAUGCCCGGUUUGGGCAUCUUGUCGAGGCGAUCAAGGUCUUUCACUCGAUCCAGGACCCCAAUGUCUUCUCCUGGAAUAUCCUAUUACGCGUCUUGUGCGAAGACAGCCGGGUUGCCGAGGCGAGGAAAACCUUCGAUUCUCUUGAGGAGAGGGACGUUGUGACCUGGACGACAAUGGUGAGCGCAUAUGCCCGCAUUGGGCAUAUUGACGAGGCAAAGUUUCUCUUCACGAGAAUGCCGCGGCGCAACGAGGUCUCGUGGAACGCCAUGCUCGCAUGCUACAACCGCUGCGAGGAUUUCAUCGCUUGCCGGGGAUUCUUCGAUGUGAUGCCCGCCUGGGAUCUCGUCGCCAUGAACUCGAUCAUCACUGCCACUGCUCACGACGUCCAGGCAGUGAAGGAGCUCUUCGAUGUAAUGCCGGAGCGCGAUGCGAUCUCCUGGACGGUGCUCUUUGAGGGCUUCGCUCGGAGCCGAGACGUGGACCACGCCACCCAAGUCUUUCUUCGGAUGCCACAGCGCGAUGUUGUGUCAUGCACGAACAUGUUUCGUCUCUACGUGUUCUACGAGCGCCGCGAUCUUGCCGUGGAGACCUUUGAGAGCAUGCCCGAAAGGGACACAGUGGCUUGGAACGCAAUGCUUGGACUCCAUAGCGAUCUGGAGCAAGCGACUGCGUUGUUCGCCCGGAUACCCAUCAAAGAUAUGUCAUCCUGGACGACGAUGUCACAGAUUAGAGCGCAGCUUGGAAGCUUAGAUCAGUCCAGAGAAAUGUUUGAUCGUGUGCCGCAGCGGGAUCUUACCUCCUGGAACGCCAUGAUUUGCGCGUAUGCUCAGAUUGGGCAUAUCCAGGAAGCGAGGAGGCUCUUCAGCCAGAUGCCCGAGAAGACGUCCGUGGCAUGGACGGCACUCUUUGGCGCCGCGGUGAAAUCUGGAGGAAUGAGCGAAGCGCGAGAGAUGUUCUUUCAUAUGGAAAUGCCCCGCGAUUCGGCUGCUUGGAACGCAAUCCUCCCCGCAUUUGCCGAUCAUCCGGGAGAUCCAGAAUGCGGCGCCGAGAGGAUCUUCGGGAUGCUGGCAGCGAUGCUCCUCGAGGGCCACACACCCAACGAGGCAUCGUUCGUGGCGGUGCUUAGCGUGUGCGCGGACGGAGGCCUGGUGAGCGAUUCGAUCGAGUGUUUUGCGUCCAUGGUGGCGGAUCAUGGCGUGAAGCCCGUCAAGGACCACUACAGCAGCGUUGUGGAUGUUCUCGCGAGGGCUGGAAGGCUGGAGGACGCUGAGGAGCUCAUCCACGCCAUGCCAUUCUUUCCAGAUCACAUCUCCUGGGCUUCGUUCCUCGCGGCUUGCAAGGUCCACGCCGCAGUGGAUCAAGGCGCUCGAGCAGCGCACAACAUGAUCCACCUCAAGAGCCACGACUCCGCUCCAUACGCCCUCCUGGCCAGCACCUACACGGUCUAGCAGCACUUCCACAAAUCUUGAAGUAAAGAAGCUCAAGGCAUAAGAUCCCUCCGUGAAAAUCGAUGGGCUUCGCCAACUAUACAAAGAGCUUCUCGUGUGGUGUCAGCGAAGCCGCCACAACAGCGCUUGACAACGAGGAAGAAACCAUUGAUUCGUCAGCGAUCUUGGAAAGCCUGUUGGAAUUUUCCUAAGAAACUUUCACGUACGAGUAAUAAACUUUUGUACCAGAGAGACAAUGCUGGAUGAAACCGAUGGUGUUGUGUUUGUGUUGUUCUAAAGAUCCUGGCGAGUUUGCAACCUUUCGGUGGCAAUUACACAAUCGAGCUAUCCUCA